CCCGGAUUGUAAUAUUACUCCGCCGUCGUAAACGUUGUUAAAAAAAUACGCGUUUUUAUGCGUCGCCGAACCACAAAUAAAUAGAUAUAGCGGUGUAGAUGGUGUAAAGAUAAGCAUUUGAACGCAUUCAGGCCGACACUAGCGCCAUUUUUAGUUCACAGUGUGGACUACGUGACAUGGCGGAUCGACAUCAAUGGCGCACUUCGCGGUUUCCUUUUUGAGAAAGUGCUCGGAGUUUUGGAAAUAGAGGAGGAGGGUGAACCAAACUGAGCCGGGGUUGAAGGGUCUUGGGGGCAGCAUCACUUUUCAAAGUUUGUCUCGGUUAUUUCCUGGAGUCUCCAAACCCACAAACUGGUGUGGUUUGUUUACAUUUUGUGGCCCAGGCGUGUAUGCGUUUUAUCGGCCAUUUACGAGACAACUAGCCCCAGCUCUGUUGGCUGGUGUUUUAGAGACUCGGUUCAGUGAAUAUAAUGUUACCGAGCCGGGUUGGAUCGGCACCAUCUGGAAACGGCUCAGCUACAGGCAGGGGAAACACGGGACACGGUUCGGGGUUGUCGGAAGCGGGAUUCGUCCCGUUUUGGUUAGAGCAGGGCAAGCUUUAGCAGGGGUCGAGAGUAUCGGGAGACAGGGGGAGAGAGACGCCGUCGGGAUGCUAGGGGCUAAUGGGCCAGGGGGUUCGAGAAGUGUGAGACCCGGGAACGGGACCGGGGUGACCACCCUGCAGCCCGUCGUGCAGGGCAACAUGGUGGGGCUAAACCAGGGAGGUAUGCCUCACGGAGCCAGGUUCGAUGAGAGAGAUGGCGCUCCUCUGUGCAGCGGCUCGGAUAAUGACUCGGACUCCGGAGACGAUGAUGACCCAGUGGGUUCACUCGGGGACAGCAGGAGAGGGGUGAAGCGGGAGAGAGGAGAGAUGGAGGCUGCAGUGUCGGGGCAGGACGUGGGCAUGCCUCCCGGGGGUUACGGAAUGGUGCCCGGCGGGGUCGCAGGGGCGAAGCCGGGGAAGAAAACACGUGGGCGAGUGAAGAUAAAGAUGGAAUUUAUUGACAAUAAGUUAAGACGUUACACCACCUUCAGCAAGAGGAAGACCGGUAUAAUGAAAAAGGCGUAUGAACUCUCCACCUUGACGGGAACCCAGGUACUGCUGCUCGUGGCCAGUGAAACGGGUCACGUCUACACUUUCGCAACGCGCAAACUCCAACCCAUGAUCACGAGUGAAACGGGCAAAGCUCUGAUCCAAACGUGCCUCAACUCACCGGACUCGCCGCCACGCUCCGACCCCUCCACGGACCAGCGCAUGAGCGCGACGGGCUUCGAGGAGACGGAUCUCACCUAUCAGGUGUCUGAGUCGGAGAGCAUGGGCGACACAAAGGACACACUGAAGCCCACGUUCACGGUGGCCAGCCUGCCGGGCAGCGCCCAGUGCACGGUGCCCACCACCUCCACCACCAUGCAGGUGAGCAGCGGGCCCUCGUUCCCCAUCACCAACUACCUGGCGCCCGUCUCGGCCAGCAGCAACAUCAGCGCCAACGGCACCGUCCUGAAGACCACCAGCUCGGGGGUCAUGCAGCUGCCCGGCGGCUUCACCUUCAUGCCCGCAGGCACUCCUCUCCCCCCCGGCACCCCCACCAUUCCUCUGAGCCAGCUGCAGCAGCACUCCCUGGCCCUGCAGGGGCAGCAUGGGCAGGCCUCCCAGCACCAGCAGGGACAGCAGGCUGUCUUCCGCUUCCCUGCUGGUGUCUCCCUCUCAGGAGCAGGCCUCCCCCAGCAGCUCCAGGCCAUCCAGGUACACCACCACAACACCACCUCCAACAGCGACGGCAGCCUCGACAUCUCCCACACCUCCUCAAACUCCACCGCGACGGUUAGUCUCCCAGCAACCAUCGUCACCUCGUCUAUGCCAACAUCUGUUUCGGGUCACAUGAUGUACCCCAGCCCGCACACAGUGAUGUACGCCUCGGCGCCCACGCUGUCCGACGGGAGUCUCGCUGUGCUCAACGCCUUCUCGCACGGCACCUCGGCCAUGCAGGUCCACGGACAGGGCCAGGACUCAGGUGUCCCGCAGGUGUUCCUCACAGCACCCCAAGGCACGGUGCAGAUCCCUGUCUCAGCGGUGCAGCUACACCCAGUACGGCAAGAUCUGCAUUUUACAAAUGGUGAUUGGUCAACAGUCGAGCGGCAGCAGCAGUAACCUGACGGAGCUCCAGGUGGUCAACUUGGUACAGAACUCAAAGGACUGACAGACGGGUGGAGCUGUGUAACAUGCUCCCCCCCCACCCCCCCUCCAGGGGACACACAGACUUAUGUCAACUCUAUUUAUUGAUGCCUUCCUACAGAGCUUCACAUUACACUUCUGAAUGUGACUUUACAUCUAUACACACAAUCAAGGGCAUAUGUGUGGCUGACCCUGACACAGUAUACAGUAUGUUUUGGUAUAUAAAUAUAUAUAUAUUCGCAAAUGCAUAGGAAAUAUAUCACGUCAUCCAUCAUCGGAAAACUAUUUUCUAUGCCGUUAGAUGGUGUUAAUUUUGUUGUGUGCGUGUUUUUUUGAAAAAGUGUAAUGACCUGUAGGUGCCACAGCUUCACACCAGCCAAAGAGACAUUUGUUUGUCUGAAUGUUCCAGUGUGAGCAACUCGUGCACAAGCGUGUGUGUGUGUGUGUGUGUGCGCGCAUAUCUGGGGUUGUAAAUGGGCAGGGAGACGCUUAUUGACGUAAAAAAAGAGACGUUUAGAAAUGUACAUAUUUUUCUGCUUUUUUGAUAACUUGUAUUUUUAGCCUGGUUUAGUUUGUGCAACGGCAUGUAGUUGUUUUUUUACGCAGUGGUUUUUGUAUGUACAUGAAAAUGAUUUGCAAAAAGAUAAAUUAUUUACAUGUAUAUGUAAAUAAUUUAAUAUACCAUCAUAUGUUGAAAUACUGUCAUGCUGUUGGGCGUUUUCAAUACAAGAUGGAGAGGGAACGCUGAGUGUUUUUCUACAUGAUUUGAUGUGACAUUGAUUGGAUCAGGUAGCUGGGUCGCAACAUGUAAACAAGAUGUUUGAUUUACUGUAAACAUGCUCUGAUUUCACUGCUGAUGGCAGGGUCAUUGAAGAUGUUGCAUGAGAGGUUUUGUAAAAAGCUCUGAUCUGGCACUAGUGUGGAAACUUAACGACAAUCGGAUGGACAUUUCAUUUAUCUCACGUUUUUUACAUAAGACCAUUUUUAUUGUCAUCGCACAGAAGUAUGAAUACAUCUGAGUUGUUGCACUUAUUUUGAAAUCCCACAGUAGUUGAUUUGAUCCUUUUAUGAGCAACAAACCUGAGUGCCAACAGGUUUUCACCACAUUAGUGUUAUUUUAAAAGCGAUCCAUUGUACACCUGUCACUCUGAUUGGCCUCCAUUGACUGCAGAACUUUAAUUAUGGGAUGGCAUUACUGACUCGAGUCAGGGCAUUAGACACAAAUCUCUUGUUUAACAAGACACUGUAUACACUUGGAAAUUCCACUUUAUCAACGCGUUAUUUCCUCGGAUGGAAGCACUCAAUGUUGUUAUCACAACAGUAUGAAUAUUUUUGUACGAAAAGGAUCUCUUGUUUAGAAAAACUUCAGGUGCUUUGAAAUGUUAAUAUAGUCCUUUACCUAGAACUGUAAGACCCUCGCUGACUGCAAUCUCAGUGUGUACCUCAGCAAUCAUUACGGAUGAGUUAUCAGACUGAGAGCCUUCUUUCUGCACCAUAGUGCCUCUUUUCCAUGGCUCACUUUCAAUCACUGCUAGGCAAGGGAAAUGUAGGACUGACUUAUUUCCAGACCACCGCCAUGACUUUUCAUGCAAUCCUCUGCUGUGUCGGGAGAUUUGACUCCUUUCUACAGAAUGCGCUGGAUGACAGAGCUGGCUUGAAGCCAAAGAGAAUCUGACGGAGGAUUAAACCCCCCCCCGACUGCUGUUCAGUUAUCCCCUUCAUGUUCACGCUCCAUGUUCUCUGGUGUGUUCCUGUAUCUGACGUCAUCCUGCAGGGGGUGUUUGCAAAUUAAAUUGACAUGUUAAAGACAUUUAAUUCCCCCAUAUUAUUAUCUAACGUUUAAGUUGUUUUAAAAAGGGGAUUAGUGAACAGAUUUUUGGAUUUCACUUUGUCAUUGAGAGAAAUAGUUAUUGUGUAUUUUUGUUUUGUUGUACAGACAUUUUGUAAUAAAAAAAAAACAUGAUGAAACACA